AUAGAUUCGGGCAGUUCCGUUCUCUCUCGUCUGCUGUCGGCUGUUUCCGGGGCGGGUUCGGGCCGUUCCGGCGGCGCUCGGGCCUGUCCGAGGCUGCGCCGGGCCGGAGGCAGCAGCGGGCUGGAGGCGAGCGGCGGCGGAUGGGGCCGGCGGAGAGGCACUGGAAAGGGGAACAUAGCGUGCCACGCUGUUCCAGGCUGGAGGCCUACUGUGCUUUUCCUCCCCAGACUCCAAGAGACUGGCUUUUUUGGUGAAGCAGACCCUGAUCUUGGGUUUCUUUGCUGCAUGCCCGCUCACCAGUGCUGGAUUAUGUUCGUCUCCUUCUCCCUUUGCUCCAUAAUUUGGUUGAAUCGUGGUUUCAAGCUGAGGAAAAGGGGCUGCACCUAAGCGCUCCUGGGCACCCAGACCAGGCUCCUGGGGUGCCGUUUCACACAGAGACAGUUCAGAGUGCUGAUGGGGGAGAGCUGCCUCUGAGGGCCCUCCUCUCCCACCUGGAACGUGCUGCCUCACCCUUCAGAGCCCUUCUCCCCCAGCAGAGAGGAUGGGCAGCACCGACGGCUUCCAGUACCGCGCGCUCUACCCCUACCGCAAGGAGCGCGAGGAGGACAUUGACCUGCUGCCCGGGGACAUCCUGGUCGUGAGCAAGGGGGCCCUGCAAGCCUUGGGCUUCAAAGAUGGAGAUGAGCAGACCCCCAAUCAGAUCGGGUGGAUCCUGGGUGUCAACGAGCGCACCAAGCAGAAGGGGGACUUUCCUGGCACCUACGUGGAGUAUGUGGGGCCAGUGAAAAUUGCUGUCCCUUCACAUCGGCCCCGAGUGCAGAGACCCCUGCCUGCCACACCGGGGGCCAGCGGCUGCCGGCUGCCCGAGGCUCUGGAACAAGGGUCUCCUCUCCCGGACUUGCAGGAGCAGUUCAGCCCUCCCGAGAUUGCUCCGCCGCUCCUGGUGAAGCUGGUGGAAGCUAUUGAGAAGAAAGGGUUGGACAGCGAGAUGUUGUACAGGACAUCUGGCUCCGAACUGAGGCAGGCGCUGAGAACCGAUUGGACCCUGGGUGACCUGGAGCCCCUGGAUGUGCACUCCCUGGGCGAGGCACUGCGAGGUUACCUGCAGGACCUGCCCUCCCCCGUGGUGCCAGUGUCAGUGCAUGGAGAUAUCCUUCGCAUCCUGCAGGAGAUCCCCCAGCCAGAGAAUUGCCGGAAGCAGCUGCUGCUGGCCCUGGAGUCGCCUGCGGUCCCGCUCCAGAACACGCUCACCCUGCAGUUCCUGCUCCGGCAUCUGGGGAAGGUAUCGCAGCAGGCCGAGAGCAACAGCCUCCACCCUCGGGCCCUGGGAGAGAUCUUCGGCCCCCUUCUCCUCCGGCUGCCUGGCGCCAGCCCAGAGCUGAGCCCUGACUUCUCUGUGCUGUUUCUGGAGACACUUCUGCAGACGAAGGAGCUGGAGCCAGAACAAUUGCCUCCAGCCCUGCCUCCCAAACCGCCGAAGUCGAAGCCCAGCGCAGCCAGCCUGGCCAACGGGAACAACGCGCCCUUGCAGGACGCCGAGUGGUACUGGGGGGACAUUUCUCGGGAGGAGGUGAAUGAGAAGCUCCGGGACACACCAGAUGGGACCUUCUUGGUGCGUGAUGCCUCCAGCAAGAUCCAGGGGGAAUACACGCUCACGCUCAGGAAGGGAGGCAAUAACAAGCUGAUCAAGAUCUUCCAUCGGGAAGGCAAGUACGGCUUCUCGGAGCCCCUGACCUUUGGCUCGGUGGUGGAGCUCAUCACCCACUACCGGCACGAGUCACUCGCCCAGUACAACGCCAAGCUGGACACCAGGCUGCUCUACCCCAUCUCCAAGUACCAGCAGGACCAGGUGGUGAAGGAGGACAGCGUGGAAGCUGUGGGGGAGCAGCUGAAGGUUUAUCACCAGCAGUACCAGGACAAGAGCUGGGAGUACGACCUGCUCUAUGAGGAGUACACGCGUACGUCCCAGGAGCUGCAGAUGAAGAGGACGGCAAUCGAGGCCUUCAAUGAGACGAUCAAGAUCUUUGAGGAGCAGUGUCAGACACAGGAGAAGUGCAGCAAGGAGUACAUCGAGCGCUUCCGGAGGGAGGGCAACGAGAAGGAGGUGCAACGGAUCCUCAUGAACUCAGAGAAGCUCAAGUCCCGCAUCACAGAGAUCCACGACAGCAAGAUGAAGCUGGAGCAGGACCUGAAGAAACAAGCCUCGGAGAACCGGGAGAUCGACAAGCGCAUGAACAGCCUCAAGCCAGACCUGAUGCAGCUGCGCAAGCUGCGGGACCAGUACUUGGUGUGGCUGACGCAGAAGGGUGCCCGGCAGAAGAAGAUCAACGAGUGGCUGGGCAUCAAGAACGAGACAGAGGAUCAGUACUCCAUGAUGGAUGACGAGGAGGAGCUGCCCCACCACGAGGAGCGGACGUGGUACGUGGGGAAGAUCAACCGUGUGCAGGCAGAGGAGAUGCUCUGUGGGAAACGGGACGGCACCUUCCUGAUCCGGGAGAGCAGCCAGAAGGGGUGCUACGCCUGCUCCGUGGUGGUGGAUGGUGACACCAAGCACUGCGUGAUCUACAAGACGGCGACGGGCUAUGGGUUUGCUGAACCCUACAACCUCUACGCCUCCCUCAAGGACCUGGUCUUGCACUACAAGCACACGUCCCUGGUGCAGCACAAUGACUCCCUGAAUGUCACGCUGGCUCACCCGGUCCUUUCCCAGCCACCAGCCAGAUGAGCAGCCCAUGCACAACACAACAGCUGCCUUCAGCUUCUCCCCAGGGCGCUGCUUUCUGGCUCUGGACUCUUGCACCCUGUAUAGUUGAGUCUCUGUGCUCCUGCUCCUUCAGAGCCUCUGAGAUGUCUGUGACCGUUUCUGAUGUCCCUCUUGGUCAGUAGCUGAAACCUGUGUUGGCUGAUGGGACAGAAAGGCUGGGCUGUAGAUUCGCAGUGGGCUCCAGCCUCUAGGAGGUGGGAUCCAUGUGUGAUUGAAUUGCUGGGGGUGAGCACAGCCCCCUCCCCUUCCCUGAUAAGCAGGUCAGAUCCCCUUCUUGCUGGCAGGUCGCCCCGCUACGCAUCACUGUAGAGCUUUGGUUCUUGAUUCCUCGGUGCUGUGACCGAGGGGUUCCCUGCCUGGGCACCGGAGGAGGCAGAGGAGGAGGAGGCUCCACUGAGUGUGUGCUUCCUUCACUCUCGCUUCCCUCGGUGGCCUCGCAGGCUGUGAUGGUGUCUGGUACGAGGGGUGCUGCUCUUGCAUGCAGAGACACAUUUAGGAAGGAGAAACCUCAUCCUCAGUGGGACUCCCUGGCUGAGAUCUUCUCUCCGUGCUGUGCCCUACCUGGCCACCGUUCCCUCUUGUCAUAACCACCUCUGGAGUGUUGCUGCCUGGGCAGGGAGGAUCUGCUUAGCCGUGAAUCUCCCGCAUUAGUUGUGCCAGCGAAGCUGUGAAAUCCGUGUUGGUACCCGUGUUUUCCUGGCAGGAUCUGUGGGAUGCACAGCUCGUUGUUUCCGGCCGGUUUCGGUGACUCUCUGCACACGCAACCCAUUCAAGCUGACUGUAGCUCUGUAAAUAUGGUUCUUUUUGCGACCAGCUGCUCCCCUGGUGCUGGUGUUUGCUGAGCCCCCAGUGCCACCCCCAGCGUGGGCAGCAGCUGCCAGGCUGCCACAGCCCCGGGCCCUGCAGCUGAAGCAGGAGAGGGCUGGAGUCCAACGCACACUACAAGCCCUCCCUGGAAUGAAGGACUUCUCUGCUGCAGGAGGACACGUCUGUGGGGCCCGGGGCAUGCUGAAAUGUAUUUGCAUGAUGGUGAACUACGUAUGCAAAGCACUUAAAUCAUGGGUACUGUAUGGGACCGGGGCAGGGCUGCCCACCACAGCUGGCUGCUGCAGGCAGGGCGCUGUGUCCGAGCUCAGAGGGCCCCAGGGCAGGCCAGGUGGGCCUGGAAGAGCUUUAAAAGCUGAGCUGAGAGUUGAAGCCAGGGUGGCAUUUGCUUUCCUGGGUUAUCUCAGCUGCCUGGCUGGAGGAGAGCAUUCUUGAUCCUCUUUGUUUGCCAGAGUGGCUCAUUCCCUCUCGGAGGCUCCUCCUUGGGACAGGCAGGUGGAUGCUGUGGACUUUGGCACUUCUGUUUCCCGUUGCAGCUUGGGUUCUGCUGGAUCCAUGGGGUGCUCUGUGCUCAUGCUGUGCCUGCAUCCUGUCCUUCAUGUGCCACCUGCAUUGGGGACUGCACUGUCCCUCCCUCCCUGGCUAGCUGUGCUGCUCACCUUGCUCUGGGCUUGUCCCCAGAUCCUUCUGGAGCUGGGGCUGCUGGAGCAAACAUCCCGUUCCUGUUGCUUGUGGCAGCUCUCCUGUGCUCAGCUGUACAGCCCUAUUCCCUGCUCUGCAUGUUCUCUCCAGGCCCUGGGUCCUGGUUUUUGGGUCUGGUUUGUCAGUGUUUGGUGCUCAGGUGCAGGCAGUGGCUCAGGGGAGCUGUGGGGGCACAGCCCAGGAGAGGCUGUGGUUGGUUUCGGGGAUCACUUGGGAAAAGCUGCCAGGGAUGAGUAAGGGAAUAAUUUGGACUCGGGCACGUGAGAGAUGAGGGCACGUGGGACUGGGGCAGGGAGGCUCAGUCCUCACAGCUCUAUCCAGAGGCCUCCUGGGCCUGUGGAGUGACCAGGGGGCUGCACCAGCACUCCAAAGCUUUGAUAGUGUUCCACACCUUUUCAGCCUGCGGACUCUGCUGGUCCUGUGCUUGUCCCUGCACUUCCAGCACAUCCCCACUUCACAGGACAGGCUGCAGGCAGAUGGGAUCCUCAGCCUCUCAUCCCAUGGGCUCCACGUUCCUCCACCACCCCUAAACGUGAGCUUGGGACCAGUCCUGCCUGGGGGGAUUGCUCCCUGCUCAUGCCAGGACCUGCUGAGCAUCUGGAAGAGUCUCAGCUUGAAGCUGUCACCUGUCAACACUCGCUUGGUGCUCACCUGGCUUUUUGCUGCCCAGGGAAAUUCCAGCUUCACUUUAUCCUGUGUUUUUCUCCUUUUGGCUGAAUUUCUGUUGUUCUCCCCGUGCUGUCCCUUCCUGCUGUCCAGCCACAGCCCAAGGGGGGGUCACAGUCACCCCUCUUGCAGCACUGCCUUCCCUGCCCGCUGGCAGCCUGUCCUUGACAGGGCACUGCUCACGUCCUGUGUACGACGAGGAGGAAGAUGCCCUUCCCCAGGGCUGCCUUUCCCUGACGGUGCUUCACUCAGCUCCUUGAACAGCAGCUUUCCCCUGCUCUCCCCGGGCUGGGCUUCCACCCCGGAGCUUCCCCGGCAUAAGCUCGUUGUGAUUUGUCCUUUGCUGCUUUGGCUCGUUCUGAUCCCGGCCGUGUUUUGAGGCUGUGCUUUGCUGCUUGUGACGCCCACGUCCCCCAGCCGAGCCACACACCCGCGUCCCGUGGGUGCCACAUGGCUGUUCCUGCUCCCUGGGGCACAGUUUGGGGCUUGUCCCUCCGUGUCCCUGUUCUGGGGGGGCCCCAGGCUCCCCCGUGUAACCCCCAAGGUGCCAGUGGAGGCUUUGUGCUCGGAGAGGACGUGGUGGCUGUGUGAGGUUUUAGUUUCUAGGUAUAUGCAAUAAAGAAUAACCUGCCCCCCGAGCUGUCCGUUACCAGCAGUAGUGCUCUCUGCUCUUUCUGUUGAUGUUUACUAAUGUAAACCCAGUAUUUGUUACUGUAAGAGGAUUUUUUUUUUGUACGGUACUUCGAAAAAACCCACAAAAACAACCAAAAAAAAAAAAAAAGAAAAGAAAAAAAGAAAGAAAUAAACAGAGUUAAUGAACCAGGCUGCUGGAU